AUGUCGGUACAGUUGGGCCGAGUCGUAUUCUUGUCUGACAGCAUCAUCGCCUUGUCCUGGAUUCGAGGUCAGUCAAGACCAUACAAGUCAUUCGUGGCAAACAGAGUUUCUGAGAUUCAGGGCUCAACCGACCCUUCUUAUUGGCGACACAUCCCAGGAGAAUUCAACGUUGCAGACAAAGUUUCCAGAUGGAUUGGUGUCAAAGAUCUGGAAGGUGAUUGGAAGAAUGGACCAGCUUUUUUAUUGUUACCAGAAGAAGAGUGGCCAAAAUCCAUCCCUAGAGCAGACGUGAAUGAAGUUAACAGAGAAAAGCGGAACAUUAAAAUCGUGCUGACAGUUAGAGAAGUAAAAGAGGCCAUAGAUUGCAAGAAGUUCUCUCGAUGGAGAAAGUUGAUCCGAGUGACAGCAUAUGUAUUCAGAUUCAUCUUGAAUUUGAAAGCUAGACGCAUCGUAGACGAUGGUCCACUAUCAACGAAAGAAUUGGCAGUAGCAGAAAAGCACUGGAUAGUUGAAGCGCAGAGACCACUUCAUGAACGAAUAAAGAGAGGGGAAUUUAAAUCCCUAAGCACCUUCGAGAAGGACAAGAUUGUCUACGUGGGGGGAAGAGCUUCUAACGGAACCCUCUCCUAUGAAAGAAGACACCCUGUGUUGUUGCCCAAAGAACACUGUGUAUCAUAUUUGAUUACUCAACACGUGCAUGAGCAGGGGCACUAUGGGGUUGCAACCACAGCUGCCAAAGUCAGAAGUCAGUACUGGAUUGUAGGCGUGACAAAUUUAGCAAAGACUGUUAAAUUUAGAUGUGUAACGUGUAGAAGAUUCAAGCACCAGACAGAGGCUCAACUCAUGGCCAACCUGCCAGUAGAGAGAAUGGCACCAUUCACGCCACCUUUCUAUUUCAUAGCCUGUGACUAUUUCGGCCCAUAUAUCGUCAAAGUGGGAAGAAACAAGACGGCGAAGCAUUAUGGCGUCAUCUUCACCUGCCUGAACACCAGAGCAGUGCAUCUAGAAGUGGCAGUUGACUGUUCUACCAUGGAGUUUCUGCAGGUCCUACGUCGUUUCUUCGCCAUCAGGGGAAAACCCAAGCUUAUUCAAAGUGACAAUGGAACCCAAUUUGUUGGGGCAGAGAGGCAAUUACGCGAGAUGGUGAGGGGCUGGAGUGAAGUAGAGCUGAAAGCAUUCUGUGCAGAGCGACAAGUAACAUGGAAAUUCACCACACCGCUUGCUCCUCAUCAGAAUGGCUGUGCAGAAGCGCUUGUUAAAUGUUGCAAACUGGCGCUAAAGAAAUCUAUCAGUAAGCAAAGGCUCACUCCAUUUGAGCUACAUACAUGUCUCCAAGAGGUUGCUAACCUAGUCAACGAGCGACCAAUUGGAAGAGUACCAAAUGAUCCGGACGAUGACGGAAGUGGAAUGUUGACAGAAGAGACGUGCAAGUAG